CACCUUUCCCACUAUUGUUUUUCUUGACCUGAAGUGUGUUGUUGAACAGUUUUGGAAGCUACUGCCUGCCAGUAGAAAGUGCAUUUAAAUUAAAUUAAACUGCAGCAAACAUAAGCCUUGGCCUGCCAUGGAGCUGGCAAGCUAUCGACGUUGCAUUGGCCAGCAACUGGAGGAACUCGAGCUGCUUAGCUCCAUUUACUGCGGCGCCGGCGAGCUGCAGUUGCUCGACGCCGGCGUCGUUGCGGAUUUCAAUGAGUUUAUGGCCUCAGAUGCUGUUGUGCUGCGCUCUCACCUCGAGUACAUCAUCAAGCUGUCCAUUUCGGGCAGAGCUUGUGUGGACGUGCGUAUUGAGUUGCCACACUUGUAUCCCCAGCUGGAGCUGGCUAGGAUUACUGUGCACACCACUUUGCUGGGCAAACUGAAGGAGCAGCGUCUCAAGGCCGACAUUGACGCACAUUUGGCGGAGCAGCGUGACGCUGAGGAAGCAUAUAUUUUCCAACUUCUUACUUGGCUGCAGGAGCACAUUGAGACUUUAAUGCUGCGACCGGAGAGUGAACUAGAGAAUCAGCAGCUGGAAGAGGAGCAGCCAAAGGCUGGAAACUUGGAAAGGCUUUGGAUCUACUCGCAUCACAUUAAGUCGAGCACCAAGAGACAGGAGAUAGUGCGACAAGCCCGCCAGUUGGAUCUCAGCGGAUUUAGCCGACCCGGCAAACCCGGCAUCAUCUGCGUUGAGGGUCAGCCGGAGCAAGUGCAGCAAUACUGGCGGGAUAUCAAGUCGCUGCGCUGGCAGAGGAUUACCUUGGUUAAAACGGAACAGCAUCAGCGGAAACGUUUCUUCGACAAGUUCAGUGAGCAGCUCUUUAAUGCCAGCGAUGAUGGCAACGACGAAGGCGUUAUGAACAUGGGCCAAUUCAUUAAGUUUUUGGAGGCCCACGGCACUGGCUACAUGAAAUCCGAGUUGUUUGGCUUAGUCUGAUAGUUUCAUUCUUAA